GAGUGUCCAUUUUGAGCAGCGAGUCGGCGUCUCCGUUAUUUUCCCCCUUAAAAUUAACAACUGGGCAACUACUCUCUGGCUCCAGACCUGAGGUUCCACCAAAAGCCCCACGCUCACUGCAUUUUGUCUUUUAAGAGCCCACCGUCAGAAUGGCAGAUGCAGAGACUCUUCUCAUGGAGACAUCGGACCAGAACGGAGCUGAGGGUGAGGAGGACCAGAAUGGAGCGGAGCAGGAGCUGAUGGGUGGAGAGGACGAGUGCCUGGAAAGCCAAGAUGGCCAGGAAAGCCAGGACAAUGGUGGAGAUGGAGGCAAGAUUGACGCCAGCAAAGGAGAAGAGGAUGCUGGUAAAAUGUUUGUGGGCGGCCUCAGCUGGGACACGAGUAAAAAAGACCUGAAGGAUUACUUCAGUAAGUUUGGCGAGGUGUCAGACUGCACCAUCAAGAUGGACUCCAACACCGGCCGAUCCCGAGGCUUUGGCUUUGUUCUCUUCAAAGACGCCGCCAGCGUUGAAAAGGUGCUGGAGCAGAAAGAACACAGACUGGAUGGACGUCCCAUUGACCCCAAGAAAGCGAUGGCCAUGAAGAAGGAGCCCGUCAAGAAGAUCUUUGUUGGGGGUUUGAAUCCUGAGGCGACUGAAGACGCCAUCAGGGAAUAUUUCGGGGCAUUUGGAGAGAUCGAAACCAUUGAGCUUCCAAUUGACCCCAAAUCAAAGAAAAGGAGGGGUUUCAUCUUCAUCACAUACAAAGAAGAAGCCAGCGUCAAGAAGUGUCUGGAGAAGAAAUACCACAACAUCCAGGGCGGCAGGUGUGAGCUUAAGAUCGCCCAGCCAAAGGAGGUGUACCAGCAGCAGCAGUAUGGAGCAGGACGUGGUGGUGGUGGUUAUGGUGGCCGGGGAGGAAGGGGCCGUGGAGGUCAGAACCAGGGCUGGAACCAGGGCUACGGAAACUACUGGAACCAGGGAUAUGGUAACCAAGGCUAUGGCUACAGUGGAUACAGUGGCUAUGGCAACUACGACUACUCUUCUGGUUACUAUGGAUACGGUCCCGGAUAUGACUACAACCAGGGCAACGGCAGCUACGGGAAAACUCCAAGACGGGGGGCACACCAGGCCGGCUACAAGCCAUACUGAUGAUCAUGUGGUAGCGCAAGGACUCCAGUGAUCCGGCGAGACCGACAGCAAGACGGACACACUGGGCAUGACUCGACCUCUUUUAUGACAGAAGACCAUUUGUACAGAAAACAUCUGAAAUGUAACUUUUCUUUUUCUUUUUUUUUUUUUUUAAUUCUAUCAUUUUUAGGUUUUACUUUUCCCUUUGGUGUUCCUUUUUUUUCCUUCCACAUUUCCAUCAACGGAAGUGUAAUUUUUACUGUACUUUUUGGUACCUGUUUUGAUUCUAAUGUAUUGUAAGGCUUGUAUUUUACAUGUUUGCUGGCUUUACAGGUUGAAAAUCUUGGCGCUGUAAAGGAGCUUUUUUUGACAAAUAAACAGUUUUCAGUAAUUUUUUUUUUUUUUUUUUUGAGGGGGGGGGUCUGUUUUGGGCUGGAAGAUUAGGAAGUAGUCAAACAGAUUAAGGAUUCAGAUUCAGUUUUCAACAUUGAUUUCUAUCGGUCUUUGUGUCGCCACACAAUCCAAUGAUCUGUAAUGAAGGAAUGUUGAGCGUAACUGAAGAAAUUGUUUCACGUCCCCUCAAAUGGCACAUUUGAUAUUUUUCCCCCUUUAUGUGGAAUCAUUUUUACUCUAGUUAUAAUUCCGUCAAAUUGGAAUGACUGCCUGCGAGCUUAAUGAGUUCACCAGGGACUUAAACAUCUGAAAGCAUACAGGUGUGUGGGAUUUAAGUGGGGGCAAAAAUGAUUUAACCACAUGCAACUGCGGACUUCCUGUUAAAUCACACCUUUUACAUAACAAGCAAAUUGUUAAGUUUCUAUGCUGGUUUAGUUUGUGUUUGUCAAGUGUCACUGGUUUUUAGAAAUAACCGCUCUGAAGUUAAAUGUCUGCUUAGUUUGUUUUCUGGACGGACUUCAGGCCUCUGGAGUCUCCUCAGCUAGUGUCUGGCAAUUUAUUAGUAAUAAACAUUCUCGUUUGUAA